UUUUGCAAAGUUGCCUGCUCUGUAUACUGGCGUGACCAAUCACGACCCUUGAGAGAUUCUCGGCUACCGAGGUGGUAUCCAUGUUGUUUCUCUUUCACAUACGUUGUUGAAAGGACGAUGGCUACGAAUAAUUACUUUGGUUUUACUCAUGGAGGAACGCAAUAUGGUUCUCUUUACAGCGCAACAGGAGCUGCGGCUUAUCAAACUGGUCAAACAGGAUAUGCUGUAACUCCCACUGCGGCUACUGCUGCCACUUAUACUGCUCAGAGAGCGGGAACAGGCUAUGAAACCGCUUACCAAACCGCAACCCAUACCACACCAGGAACAUAUGCAGGCUUCGAUGUUGCAGUUGGUGCUGGCACAGCAGCUACAGCUACAACAUAUGAUUAUGGAUAUGGCCGAACUGCUCAGACUGCUUAUGACAGCACAAAAACCUAUUACCAACAACCUGCAGCGGCUGCUGCUGCAACAUAUUCCACUACUGAUACUCAUUAUCAAGCUUCUAAACCAGCUUUCAGUACUACCAGUACUUACACAGCAACUACACGUCAAGUAACCCAAACAACUCCCAAGGCAGCAUCUUACAGCACUGCCUACACAACGCAGGGUGCACAGGGUGCCAACUAUACAUCAGGGUACACAGCUGCUGCUGCUGCUCAGACAACUAACACUACUAAAGCUGCUGGCAAUACCACAUAUUCUGGAUAUGAUGCAGCAUUGUACAGUGCUGCGACUAUGUAUGUGGCACAGCAAGCGCAGACAGGCACUGCUGCUGCAGCAGCUGCUGCCGCGGCAGGUGGAGCUGGAGCUACUGCUGCCGUGGCAACCAAUACUGCUGUCACAAAGCCUACUGGAACAUGGCAGGCAUAUAAGAAAGGGCCAAUGGCCGGUGGAAUGAAAACUAUGAAGCCUAAACAACCGCCUAAACCGCAACAGUUACAUUACUGUGAUGUUUGUAAAAUAAGCUGUGCUGGACCCCAGACCUACAGAGAGCAUUUAGAAGGCCAAAAGCAUAAGAAGAAGGAAUCUGCUCUGAAAGCAGGUGCUGUUCCAGUGGCCCGAGGCAGCAAUGCAUUACGUUGUGAACUGUGUGAUGUUUUGAAGUUGCACACAAAAUUGGGUAAACCAAUUCCAUCCACAGAUCCCGUUGUGGUUGGUGGAUCUGCCAAAACCACUAGCUCAACUGCUAGCACUACCACCAGCAGUGUUGCCACUCAGGCUAAGACAACGGCAUCAGCUGCAACUAAGGCUGCUCCAGGUGCUGUCAAGAAGCCAGUUUCUGCUGCUCCAAAAAUUAAUUUUGUGGCAGGUUCAUCUUUGGGUACAACUACCAAUACAAAUUCGUCUGCUAAUGUGGAAGUUAAACAGGAGUCUAAGGAAGAUACAUCAGUGUCUGACUCUGAGAUAACAGUUAAUGACAAAGAUGUGCAGCCCGUAGGUCAGGACUACAUUGAAGAAAUUAAGAAUGAUGAAGGAAAAGUAAUUAGCUUCAAUUGCAAACUCUGUGAAUGUAGAUUCAAUGAUCCCAAUGCCAAGGAAAUGCACAUGAAGGGACGUAGACAUAGAUUACAGUAUAAAAAGAAAGUAAACCCUGAAUUAGUAGUGGAUGUAAAACCAUCCCUGCGACAGCGUAAACUGCAGGAAGAAAAGCUACGAAGACAACAAAUGCGUGAUGAAUACUGGCGCAGAAGAGAUGAAGAAAGAAUGAUGGAAGAAGAAGAGCGUAUGUACUGGGAAGAACGUAGGAGAUUUGAAGAAGAAGUAGAAUAUUUUGAAUGGUAUCGGCGUUAUGGUAGAGACCCCAGAGCUUUACCACCACCACCUCGCCCGUUUGGUCCUGGUGUGCCACCACUCAUGUUCUUCCCCCAGCCUAUCAGACGCCCAGAUUCUAGUGAUGACCGCCAUGUUAUUGCACGUCAUGCUGAAAUAUAUCCAAAGGAAGAGGAAUUACAAGCAGUUCAAAGGAUAGUCUCUCACACUGAAAAGGCAUUAAAAUUUGUUUCGGACUUCCUGGCGGACCAAGCAUCAGCAGCACCAACUGCCAAGCCAGCUCCAUCCAAGGGACCAACUACUCCCACAACACCCACUACUACAUCUGCAGCCAAACCAAGUGCAGUGGCUGGCAAGCCUACCCCUGCUGCUGCCGCUGCUGCAAAACCAACCACUACACCCACAUCUACUCCAGGUGUUACUAUUAAGCAAGAGCCUACCACACCUGAGAAACCUAAAGCUGACACGUCCAAAGAGGAACCUAAAAAGGAAGAUGGCAGAGAUGGCAAUCUGUUCUCCUUUCACCGUGAAAAAGAUGAUAGCCAAGUACCUCGUGUUCUAAAAGGAGUAAUGAGGGUUGGGGUUUUGGCCAAAGGUCUCCUUCUCCAUGGUGAUACAGCUGUAAAUUUAGUUGUUCUGUGUGCUGAGAAACCAACGAGAACACUACUGAAUAAAGUUGCUGAGAACUUGCCAAAACAGUUAAAGAUGGUUUCUCCUGAGGACACAUACAAAGUUCAUCGUAAAGUGGAGGAAGCAGCCAUCAUUGUGAUGGGAGUAAAGGAACCUCAUAUUACAGUGACAAUCACCUUGACAUCACCUGUGAUGCGUGAGCAAUUGCUAACGCAUCCUGAAGGAAGUGGGGACUCAGUGUCUGUGAGUCAGGCGCAGGUGAUGAAGGAUCCACCAGACGUGCUCGACAAGCAGAAAUGUUUGGAUGCCCUGGCAGCUUUGAGGCAUGCCAAGUGGUUCCAGGCUAGAGCUACUGGACUGCAGAGUUGUGUGAUGGUCAUCAGAAUUCUCCGGGAUUUGUGUCAGCGAGUACCUACAUGGGCACCAUUGCACAGUUGGGCAAUGGAGUUACUUGUGGAGAAAGUAAUCAGUUCUGCUGGUCAGCCGUUGAGUCCAGGGGAUGCUUUGCGCCGGAUAAUGGAAGCCCUUGCAUCAGGAAUUCUCCUUCCGGGUGGACCAGGCCUCCUAGAUCCAUGUGAGAAAGAUCCAUGUGAUGCAGCUGGAAACAUGCUACCCCAACAGAGGGAAGACAUUACUGCUUCAGCACAGCAUGCUCUACGCCUGAUUGCCUUCAGGCAGAUUCAUAAAGUUUUGGGAAUGGAUCCUUUACCACCGCCGAAAUUUAGUCGUGGUAGAUUUAAUAGGAAACGAAGGAGAGAUAAUAGCAGUGGUGAAGGAAAUGAUUCAGAAGCUGGGGAUGGAAAGAAGGAUAAGAAGGAAGAUGGUGCUGAAGACACUAAAAUGGAAAUUGUAAAAACUGAAGCAAAAUGAAUGCUUUGAAUGUGAUGAGGUAUUACUUUGUAAAAUUAUUUAAUUUUUUCAACCGAUAUUGUGUGGUGUGAAAGGUAUACUUAUGUUUAUGUAUGCUGCUGUAGCAGUUGUAGCACGAUUUGUUAAGCUAAGGUUAUAGAUCUCUGUUUUAAACUUAAGCUAUGCCAAAUUGUAAGACAGUAAAAGUAGAAAAAAAAAUUAAAUGGUUUAAUUUCACACAUGUAUGGGAAAUAGCAAAUUUUUAGAAUUAAUUUUCUUAGUGGCUUUUUGUCAAAAUGUGUAAGAAUGCUGUUUUUAAGUCAGCACUCAUUGGAAUGUUUGUUAUGUCACGAGACUGCACUAUAAGCAGUGAUUUGAAUUGACCAUUUACUGUAUGCAGAACACGUAGAAAGUAUGCUAAAUCAUUGUAAUGAAAUGUACUUUUUUGUUCAUAACCUGACUAUUCAGUGGAUUUAUCAUUCCUUUUCUCAGCAUUGUACUUGUAUUCUGAAUUAAAUAGGAACUCUUGUAUCUUAUCUUUUUGUGUGCCCUAGUCAGUUAGUGCAUUUAUAGAAAUCUAGAACCAUGUUCUUGAAUAUGCUUAGCAUACAAUACUAAAUGUUUCUUGCCUUUUUACUUCAAGAACUAUUUUGACCUUCUUCCGCUAAUUCUAUAAUGGUUUGGGGUUGCAGUUUUGCUUCAAAUAAGUCAUACUAGUUAAAAGGAAAUCUGAUGUCCUUCGUUUUAUGAAGAUUCGUCAGAAGCAGAUUGGGUACGUGUUGUUUUUAAUUAGCCUCUCCAGUUGAUGGUGGGAACUAUUAAUGUCUCUAGCCAUUACAAAUGAAAUAAGGUGCAAGUUAUUCACCAGAGUUCAUGAAAUUAUUUUAGAUGCAUCAGAUUUAAAGUUCUAAUUGAGAGGUAAUUGAAAUAUGUGCCCGUAAAGUUUGUUUUGCAUAGAUGCUACAUAACCUGCAAAAUUCACACAAGGUUUAGUUUUGGUUACGUUAUGUGGCGAUUUACAAUCGACCUCACUGCUAGUAGACAUUUUCCUUAUUUGAUAUUCAGUGCUUCAGGGGUUCAAAUGUUGCUUUGACAGCAAAAUUUAUUUCAUGUUGAUUGUAUUAAUGAUUCAUCUGACAAGUCUUGGAGUGCUCGAACUUUUUAUUUUUAAUUUAAUUAGAACAUACCACUGUAGCAAUUUGUGGACUGGGUUUUUGUGAAUUUAAGCACUUUAAUAUUAGGAGGAAAACAAAAUAAUCUAUUUGAAGGCAAACUCUGGUAGAUUUUCUCACAGUAAAAAUUCGUAUUAAAAUGUUUAUUUCAUAUUUAAAAACAAAAAAAUCAUGUGUGAGUUAUGCAAGUGGACAUUUUGUUAGUAUAAAUUAUAUACCAUGUGUAAAUCAUACAAUCUUAACUUUCAUUUCAGUCACAAUAAGUAGAUGCAAUUAUUUAAUCUUGUUAUUCACUGUGUAAAUAAAUAAAAGUGGGAACAAUGUUCACCCCUUAUCCUU